AUGCACACAGGAGGAAAACCUGAUGAGUAUAAUGAAAGUGAGGAGGCCUUGCAGAAGUCAUGCCAUGCUCAAGAUGAGAUAACUCACAGAGGAGAGAAAAUCUAUGACUGUAAUAAAUGUGGGAAAUCCUUCCAUGAAAAGUCAUGCCUUACUCAACAUCAGAAAAUUCAUACAACAGAAAAACACAGUGAAUGUAAUGAAAGUGAGAAAGCCAUAAAGAAGUCAUGCCUCACUCAAAACCAGAGAAUUAACACAGGAGAGAAAAGCUUUGAAGAUAACAAGUGUGAGAAAUUCUGCAAGAAGUUGAAACUUGGUCAACAUCAGAGAACACACUUGAGGAAAAUAACCAAUAAAUGUAAUGAAAGUGGGAGGGCUUUAAGUUAUAAGUCAGACCUCACUCAAAAUCAGAGUGUUCACAAAGGAAAGAAAACCUAUGACUGUAAUAAUUGUGGAAAAGUCUUCCAUAAAAAAACAGACCUUACUCAACAUCAGAGAACACACAUAGGGAAAAAACCCUAUGAAUGUAAUGAAUGUGGAAAGUCCUUCUUUGUGAAGUCCAACCUCACUGAACAUCAGAGAACUCACACAGGAGAAAAACCAUAUGAAUGUAAUGAAUGUGGAAAAUCCUUCUGCCAGAAGUCAGCCCUCACAGUGCACCAGAGAACUCACACAGGAGAGAAACCGUAUCGAUGUAAUGAAUGUGGGAAAACCUUUUGUGUGAAAUCAAACCUUACUCAACAUCAAAGGACCCACACAGGAGAGAAGCCCUAUAAAUGUGAUGAAUGCUGGAGGUCUUUCUGUGUGAAGUCCAACCUUGUUGUACAUCAGAGAACUCAUACAGGAGAGAAACCCUACAAAUGUCCAGAAUGUGGGAAAACUUUCUAUGAAAAGUCAGCACUCACAAAACAUCAGAGAAUUCACACAGGGAAAAACCCUAUGAAUGUAAUGAAUGUAGCAAAACCUUCAGCCAGAGAGAUCAAUGUAGAGAUCUAUAAUUUCAAGAUUCUGAAGUUCAUAGUCGAAGGGAAAAGGGUUAAUGACAGCAAGUAG